CAGGCGAAGAAGAAGAAGAAGUCCUGAGAUCUCUCGUCCCAACCAAGUUUAGUUUGGGAAUAGCAGAGAAGAAGAAGGCAAAAAUGGCGUCGGGGUGGGGGAUAACGGGGAACAAAGGGAGAUGUUACGAUUUCUGGAUGGACUUCAGUGAAUGUAUGUCUCAUUGCAGAGAGCCCAAAGAUUGUACUCUUCUUCGUGAAGACUACCUCGAGUGUCUUCACCAUUCCAAAGAGUUCCAACGAAGAAACAGGAUAUACAAAGAGGAACAACGUAAACUAAGAGCAGCUUCAAGGAAAGGCGAAGAUACCGGGGAUGGGACUCCUACUCAUCACUAAUCUGAGUAUUCUCCUCCUAUCUCCAAAGUUUGCAGCCGAGAAGAAGAAGAAUAAGCAAAAAAGGGUUCUUGAAGAUUUCUGUAUGUUGAUGUGUCAAACUUUGUUUGAUCGUUUUCAGUUUGAAUUUUGCAAUGGAUUUACUAUCUUUUCUUGUCUAUUUUCCGCUGACUGAGUUGUAAUAUGCCUUUGGCUGUUCAUCAAGCACAGACUCCUUCUUUCA